UUCUUAAGGUCAAUUAGAAUAAUCAUAUUGAAAGGAAUCGCAUCAUAUUACGGAAGAGAAGUUUAACAAAAUAUAUUUGAAAUUAAAGGAAUUUCACGACUUCAGAUUUCAAGGCCAUUUGAACGAAAAUUGGAACUAGAAAUAUUGUCAAUUUAAAUCAAAAUGAUGGCUCAUCAAAGAAAGCAACUUGACACUUCUUUCAUUCCUGAUUUGUCCACACAAUCCGAUUCUCUAAAUGAAUAUAGAAAGCAAGCCAAAUUUGAUUGGAAAUUGUUGAAAGUCUACUUCGAAGGUGUUGAUGGCUUGAAAGCCAAAUACACAAUUUGGAAUCGUUUAGAGAAGGAACCACUUUUCCAAAGAUCUUCUGUGACACCGUUAGUCGAUGAACAAAAAAGAAUUGCAGCAAUGAGAAUGAAGCGUGUUGCUGAAAUUGGUUUCUUACCCGAUGAAAUUAAGAAUUCUCCAUAUGAAAAGAGGUUGAAAUAUAUGAUGAGUCAAAACGAAGCAUUUCAUGCGUAUUGCCCCAGCUUGUCAGUGAAAAUGGCACUUGGUAUUGGACUUUUCUGUAAUGCUCUGAUUGCUUUAGGAAGCGAACGUCAUCGUCAGGUUUACAAUGUUGCUAUGAAUGGAGAAAUUGUUACUGCUAUCGCGAUUACAGAAGUAAGCCAUGGAAGUAACACAAAGAGAGUUCGAACUUCUGUGAUUUAUGACAAACAUUCCAAAGAAUUUAUUAUUAACACUCCUGACUUUGAAGCUGCGAAAUGUUGGAUUGGAAAUUUAAGCAAGACAGCUUCAGUGGUUUUGCUUUUUGCAAAUCUUGUGACGUCUGAUGGUGAAAAUCAAGGUCUCCAUGGUUUUCUGGUUCCAAUUCGAGAUCCGAAAACCUUGAAACCUUUCGACAAUCUCAUAAUAGGAGAUAUCGGUGAGAAAAUCGGAUUGAAUGGGAUCGACAAUGGCUUCAUCAUAUUUCGCAAUUAUCGAAUACCGAAAGAAAAUCUUUUGAAUCGAACUGGGGAUGUUAAUGAAGAUGGAAUAUAUGAAAGCGUUUUUAGUGAACCAAGCAAAAUUCUUGGAGCAGCUUUAGAGUCAUUAUCCGCAGGUCGAAUUGGCAUUAUGCAUGAAUCAACAAAUACAAUCUCUCAUGCUGUUGUCAUCGCUGUUCGCUACGCUGCAGUAAGAAAGCAAUUUGGUCCAAGCAGAAAUGGCAAAGAGACAUCAAUCAUUGAAUAUCCAUUACACCAAUGGCGAUUAUUUCCUUAUCUCGCUGCUGCAUGUGUUCUCAAAGUCACCAUUCAUGAGCUUUCUGAUGUUUACUUGCGAACGGUUGAAAAAUCUCAAGCAGAAUCAAAUGGAUUUGAAUUACUUACACAAAUUGUUUCAGAACUUCAUGCUUUGAUUUGUGCUUCAAAAGCAAUGUUCACAUGGGUAGCUCGUGAUGCUAUUCAAGAAGCGCGAGAAUGUUGCGGUGGUCAUGGAUACUUGAAAUCUUCAAAUAUCGGAGAGUUAAGAAAUAAUCAUGACGCAACAUUGACCUAUGAAGGUGACAACAACGUUUUGGGGCAACAAGCAUCAAAUUGGCUUUUGAAACAAUGGAAUGGAAUUGUCGAAUCACCCGUUGGAACAUUGAAUUUUCUUAAUCAAAAACAUAUAAUUAUGGAAACUUUCAAUUUUCAAAAAUUCAUGGAAGACCGAUUGGAAACUUUUGACUUCAUUUUGAGAUGCUAUGAGUGGCUUUUGUGUUAUUUAUUAAAGAUUACAACGGAACAAAUAAAUGAAUUAAAAAUAGCGGGAGCGAACAAUUUCACAGCUAAAAACAGCUCACAAGUAUACAAAGCUCGAAACUUGACACUUGCAUUUGCUGAAUAUUAUGCUUUGGUGUCAUUUAAAAAGAAAUUUGAAUCGUCUCAAACAUCGGAAGAUCUGAAAUCAAUUUUACUUAUGUUGUUUUCAAUUUACGGAUUUUGGAAUCUCGAUAAACAUCUUGUAACAUUCUAUAUCGGAGGUUUUGCUAAAGGAUCAGAAUUUUCCGAUUAUGUUAGAACAAAUUUGAUAAAAACUUGUGAAGAAAUGAGAACCUCGAGUGUUGCAGUAGCAGAUGCACUAAGCCCACCUGAUUUCAUUCUGAAUUCAACUAUUGGAAAAUCUGAUGGAAACAGAGAUCGUGAAACAUCAUCAAAACGUAAAAGUCGUUCACGAUCUCGUUCAAGAAGUAAUGAAAAUCGAGAUAGGAAAAAAUCAAAGAAACAGCAUCGCGAUAAAGAUAAAGAGAGAAGACAGCUAAGAAGUCGAAGAAGUCCAGAUGUAGAAAAAGCGUAUCAUAGCGACAGUUCAGAUGUUGUUGAAGUUCCAAUCGCUCCAGAACCUCCGGUUAUAUCUAAACCAAAUAAAGCUUCACGUUCACCAUCUCCAGUUCCGGCGGAAGGUGCAGGCGAUGUCCUUUCAAUAGAUGAGACGAAUAAACUGCGUGCUAAACUCGGUCUGAAGCCGCUUGAAGUUGGACCAACGGUUACUGCACCUGCAAGUAGCAGAAAUGAUGACAUCGAAGAGAAAGAUGAAGCUACAGCUGAUCUUAAGAAAGUCAAAGAUGACUGGGGUGAAUUUUAUCAUAAACCUGCAGGUCAAUUCAACGAAAAAUCUGAAGUUGAGCAGUUACGUGAAAAAAUUCAAGCGAAGCGAGAAAAAAGAAAAAUUGAACAAAAGUUAGCUCAAUUUAAAACGCUUGGUUUCAACUCUGAUUCUGAUGAUGAAGCUUCUAAAUGGGUUGAAAAGAAUCGAAAGAUUGCAGAAGAGAAAAAGAAAGCUGCACAACGUGCAAAAAUGCAGGAAGAAAUGGAUCAGCAAAUGGAGGAAAAUCCAGUAGAAUUGCGUCGUCGUGAGGCUAAGAAACGAAGUUAUAAGGAACGUGACUUAAAAGGAUUGAAAGUUGGUCAUGACAUUGAGAGUUUCACAGAGGAUCGACAAGUUAUUCUCACGUUAAAGGAUCAGGAAGUGCUUGGUGAAGAAGACGAUACUUUAAUAAACGUUAACAUGGUUGACGAUGAACGAUACAAGAAGAAUGUCGAGGUGAGAAAGCAAAAUCCACUUCAUUACGGAUACGAUGUUUAUGAAGAUCAAUACGAUGAAUUUGGCAAUUACAUCAAUCGAAGUGUUCUUGGUAAAUAUGAUGAUGAAAUUGAAGGAAAUAAAAGCACAACAUUCACACUUGGCGAAAGCAGAGAAUUGAUUCAAGAGCAACAAAGGAAAGCACUCGAAAUUAAAGCAAAACUGCAAAAUAAAAAGUUGGAAAGUCUCAAUCUUGAGCCUUUGAAACUUGCAAGCGAUCAUUACUCAUCGGAAGAGCUCACAAAGUUCAAGAAGCCCAAAAAGAAAGUUAAGAAAAUUCGUCAAAAAUUGAAAGCUGAUGAUUUACUUGAAAUCGUUGGUGAUGCUACUGAAAAGCAGAAAGAUUUAGGAAGUCGCAGAAAUAGAGAAAGAGAAAAUGUUGCAACCGAUGAUACUCCAGCAAUUCCUGAAGAUGCCUCAGGAUUAAAAGUUGAAAUCGAAGAUGACGAAUUGGAACAUGUUUUGAACAAAGCCAGACGAUUGAAGCAGAAAGAAAAUAUAAUUAAAAAACAAGACAUUCUUAAUGAAGCAAUUAAGAUCGAAGUAAAAGCAGAACCAGAAGGAAAAGAAGAAGGAGAAGACGAAGAAAUUGGGGCUUAUCGUGAAAGAGAGAAUGGUUUCAUUACACUCAAUCAAACUGCUGAGUUUUGUAGAACUUUAGGAGAUAUUCCAACUUAUGGCAUGGCAGGAAAUCGCGAUGAUAAUGUUGACAUUAUGGAUGUUGAUGAAAACUCUGGUAACGAAGAUGAUGAAGAACGUCGACGUGGUAAAUGGAAUACUGUGAAUCCCAAUGAUGACCCUAAACUUAUGGAAGGCAUACAAGCAACCGAUCCCGAAGACACAGCAAUUCUAGAUGAAGAACCUGACGUUGCAAGCGGAGUUGCUGCUGCUUUACAACUCGCAAUGUCAAAAGGAUAUAUCGAAAAAGAAGAAAGUAAUCGUCCUAGUAAUACACGAUUUGCUCACUUACAAGCGCAGCAUUAUUCAAUCGAUGACAAAGCGCAUGGCGAAGAUGACAAAUAUGCAAGACGAGGUGGAGCAAGUGAAAGAUUUAAUGGACCAACAACAGAUUUCCGAGAAAAAUCUGGUUACAAGCCAAACGUUAAGUUAGAGUACAUUGAUGAUAACAAUCAAAAGUUGACACCGAAAGAAGCUUUCAGAUAUUUAUCACAUAAAUUUCAUGGCAAAGGUCCUGGCAAGAAUAAGAUCGAAAAAAGACUGAAGAAAUUGGAGCAGGAAGGGUUAAUGAAGAAGAUGUCUUCGUCAGAUACUCCACUCAAUACUUUGAACAUGUUACAACAGAAACAGAAAGAAACCCAGAGCGCUUACGUUGUUUUAAGUGGCAAUAAAUCUGCUCAAAUUGGCAAGAACAAGAGAUAAGCUAUCGAAUAGAUUUAAUUUAACUGUGCAUUAAAUAUUUAAGAAAUAGAUAAACACUUAAAAGCAAAUUCUUAUUGAAAUCUUUAAAAUUAAAAAAUAACCGUCAUGGCAAUUUUAAACAUUAGUAUGGGGCAUACAAGAAAAAUCUAAGUAGACAGUUGUAGACUCUUCAU